CGGGUGUGUGGUUUCCGUGGCGCCCCGGUCCCCUCUCGGCCAUGGGGGUCCCCAAGAGGACGGUCCCCAAGAGGAAGGCCCCGGACGGCCACAACGGCGCGGCCUACCCCGCGGGCGCAGCCAAGCGGGCCCGCGCUGACGAGCUCACCGGCGUGCAGUUCAAGACUCAGCUGAGGGACUCGCAGGACGCGGGCCCAGCCUUGGAAGCGUUCGUCUCUGCUGCCAAACAGCUCCCUCAGGAAGGGGCGUAUGAUGUCGUGGAAGGCUAUAUAAAGAUCUCCGUCGAGUGUGCAGAAAUCUUCCAGCUCCUGAGUGGCGAGAAGCGACCUGAAAGUGAGACACUAUUAAUGUUUCAAGCUUUUGAGGCCAUAUUGUUGCGGACGGCAAGCGAUCUUUCCCAUUUUCAUGCUGUGGGAACCAACAUCGUGAAGAAGCUCCUGAAUAACCACAUGAAGCUCAUCUGUGAGUCCCUGUAUGCCUCGGGCUACAGGUUGGCCCGAGCCUGCCUGAACCUCAUGGCGGCCCUGGUGGCCCAGGGGGCUGAAGCUGCCAGGGAUGUCUGCAGCCACUUUGAUCUGAAUAAAAAGCCCCUGUACGCCCUGGUGACCAAGCGGGAUUCAAAGGGCGUGCCCGACGUCCGGCUGGCCUACAUCCGGUUCGCCCUUUCCUUCUUGGUUGCCGGCGACGACAACACCAUCGUGCAAGUGCUGGAGCUGAAAGAGUUCAUUCCCUGCAUUUUUAGCUCGGGCAUAAAGGAAGAUAGGAUUUCUACCAUCAAUCUCUUGUUGUCCACGCUGAAAACAAAGGUGGUUCACAAUAAAAAUAUCACAAAAACACAGAAGGUGCGUUUCUUCACCGGACAGUUACUGAACCAGAUAGCAUCUCUCUACGCCUGGAAGGGAAUCACAGACGUGGACACGGACGGCGUCAAGGCAUCUGCUGAAGAAGCUGGAAAAACCAUGGUGAGGGAGCUGGUUCAUAACUUCCUGAUGGAUCUUUGCUGUUCACUCAAGCAUGGGAUUAAUUUUUAUGACGCUUCUUUUGGUACCUUCGGAAGAGGUGGAAACCUGACCCUCCUGCACUUCUUGUUGGGUCUGAAGACAGCUGCAGACGACGAGCUGGUGGCGGACCUUGUGGUGAACAUCCUUAAAGUAUGCCCAGACUUACUGAACAGAUAUUUCAAGGAAGUGACGUUUUCCUUCCUCCCGAGGGUGAAGUCAGCUUGGUUAAAUAAUAUCAGACUACUAAACAAGAUCUAUGAGGCCCAGCCGGAGAUUUCCCGGGCAUUUCAGACCAGAGAGUUUAUCCCCUUGCCUCGGCUCCUCCCGAUGGUGAUGGUGACCACCGUGCCACUGGUCUGCAAUAAGAUCAUGUUCACCCAGGCAUUGAAUUUGGACAGCAAAUUGGUGAAGCACACAGCUUUAUCCCUUAUUUCCGUCAUUUUGAAGAGAGCAUUAAAGAAUAUCGACCACUGCCUGAAUAAAGAGGUGUGGCAGGAAUCAGGUGUCUACACUCCUGAGAUGACAGAGGAGUUUGUGCCGCUCUUCAGGGAAGCCCUGAGCAAGAUUUUACCAGACCUGAACACUAUUGUGUGGGUCUGGCAGUCACUUAGAAAACAGGACACCAAGCAGGAUGAUGAGAAAGGAAAGAAGAAGGGUGACGUGACUCCACCUCCCGGCGCAGUUCCCCAGAGCGAUGAUGCGGAAACCCUUCUUUUGAAGGCCGUCCUGCUGCAGGUCAUCUGCCUGUACCAGAAGGUUGUCCCCCACAUGGUCAUGCAGUACAACUUUGACUUCAGUAAGCUUCUGAAAGGCGUCAUGUCAGAGCAGGGCGCUCGUGACGAGGUCCCUCCUGUCCUGCAGUACCACAUUCUGAAGGUGGCCCUGGAGCUACCCGCUAGCAAGUUCCUGUGGCUGAAGGCACAGGAAGGCCCAGAUGCAGAAAUCGUUGGAGGAGAAAGAUCCGUGUUUUACUUGUUGAUGAAAAUGUUCGUGACCAGUAGCCAUUCACAGCUCAAGUCAUCCACCAAACUCCUGAUCACGAAGAUUCUACGCGACACCGGGGUAUUUGAGCACACCUGGAAGGAGCUGGCGCUGUGGCUGGAGCACCUGGACAGCACCGCGGAGGAGGAGAGGGAGGCCGUGAUUCAGUUCUUGGAAAGCGUGUUGUUGACCUUGGUGGCGAAUCCGUAUUCAUACACAGACAAAGCAUCUGAUUCUGUCCAAGAAGCCAGCACCCUGCAAGCCGCCAUGACGAAGCAAGAUGCUGAUGACGUGAGCAUCCCUAUCUCCCACAUCGACGAUGUCCUGGACAUGGUGGAUGUCCUGGUGGAGGGCGGUGAAGGCUUGGAUGAGGAAGUCGGCUUCUCGUUGAACGAAGACAUGAUCCUCCUCACGUUCCCCUUCAGUGCUGUGACCCCCGCAGCCCUGGAAGCCCGGAAUAAGCUGCUCCUUGGGACAGAAAAGGAAGCAGGUACACGUUUACGGUCAGGAUGUUCUGGCCGCACCAGACAGGCUGGCUCUGUGUGGGGUUGGGGGACUCCAGGAGCUCUGCAGCUAAUUGCUGGAAGCUCAGGGAAGCAGGAUUUAAGACCCAGCAAAGUGGCUGUUACCCAGCCGGCAGGGCCACAAGUACAGGGAUGGGCAAGUGUCGUGGUGUACCUGACGGCGGUGCUGACGGACCUCCUCCACACCCAGAGAGACCCCCUGGCACUGUGUCUUCUGCUCCAGGCUUAUGACAGCUUACUGCCCCCAGGGUCACCCUGGUGCCAGCAGCUCUGCGAGUUUCACAGAUACUACAGCCUGUGGAUCCCGGAACAGGCCCUCGAGAGCUCGCUGUGCUCAGGAAGGCCGGCGGCUCAGGACCGCUUCUUGGCGGCGGUGGCUGACAUUGAUCGCCGGUUUACUCUGGGCAGGAGUGUGGGGCCGCCCCUCCUGCAGCUCUUCACGGACCUCCUCCGGGGCCUGCUUGCCCACUGUGAGCAGCUGGACGCCCAGAACCAGCAGAGGUGUGAGGCCGCCCGGGCCGAAGCCGACCUCUUCUUGGACAUGGAGUCCUUGGCGUCCCUGGAGCUGGCCAGUGACAAGACACUGGAGGAGGUGCUCACAGCCAUCCUCAGACACCCCACACUGGAGAGCUGGUUCCUGGCGCUGGAGCAGCAGGCCCUCCCGCCGCAUACCCUCAGCCCCAUUCUCGUGAAGCUCCUGGCAGCCCGUCUGAGUGCGGGGAUCCUUCAGCUGCUGGUCACGAGUGCCCCGAUCCUGCGGAACAUCGGGCGGCAGGGCCUGCUGGGCAGAUACUUGGAGGCCAUCACACAGAGCGUUCUGAGAGAGCUGCGAGCCAGGAGGGUGGACCCAGUCACGUCGCCACCCAAGGCCCUCCCGCAGCUGGAGGCCCUGCAGGCGCUGCAUCUGUACAUGGAGGGUGCCCGGCUCCGCGAGGUCACCCUGGCCCUCCUGGGCCUGCCUGAGGCCUGCCUGGUGACCCAGCGGGCCGCCAAGCCCCCCGGGCAGCGCAGACACCUGAACGUUCUUGGGAAGACCCUGGUCCAGCUCCUGACCAGCAGCCCCCAGGACCAGCCACUGAGCGGCGAGCUCCUCUGGGCCUCCGAGUAUGUGAGGGGCCUGGGGGCAUUGCUGCCCACACUGGCCGUGGACGAGCUGGACACGGUGUUCCUCCACGCUCUGCAGAGGGACCCUGAGCUGGCCCCCACAGUCGGGGUCAGCCUUCUCGACUACUGCCUGGCCCGGCGGACGCCAGCGGCCCUGCGCAUCGUGGCCCUGCUCCUUCAGCAGAGCUGUACCCACCUGCUGCGGUUCGAGCUCUGGUGCCUGCAGGCCGGCUCCAGGCUGGUCCUACAGGAGGGCCUCGACGUCUUCCUGCCCCUCGUCCACGUGUACCUCCAGCGCCGGUCUCGGGGACACUUCACACGCCCAGCAGGAGUGUCCUCUGCUGUCACUCCUGUCUUGAGGAAGGCCCUGUGGAGGCAGCUGCAGAGCAGGCUUCUCAGUGCCGAUGGCCCCUCAGAGUCUGCGCUGCAUCAGGAGGUCCUGUCCCAGCUGGUCCCGUUCGCAAGAGCCAAGGAUCUGGGCAUCCUCAUGGACCGUUUGCCCACCUUGCUUCAAACUCCAAGCAGUUACAAGAGGUAUGAAGGCUUAGAUCAUUUGAUGGCUAUUCCCCUCCCCUUUCCACUUCUCACUUUAGUAUUUAUAUUGCUGCAAUCCCGUUGGCCAGUCAGUGAGAAGACAGCUCCUGUGCCAGCUCUUCUUUCUACCCAUUUGGCUGGAGCAGACACACCUGUACAAGUGACUCCUGGUUCUGAUUCCUGUAGAGUGGGGCUUUUCAAACGGUGGGGGUGGGAGGGAGUGGAGGAGUCUAGGCCCAGAGAGCAUUCACUUAAUGAAGUUGAUCCUGGUGAUUGGCAGAAAUUUGUGAAGACUGGGCUCAAAUUCCGAUAUCAGGACCACGCAUUCUUACGGGCACUCCAUGCUGCCAUACAGCUCUUGUAUGUGCCGGAAAGCCCUCUGCGCACAGAGCUGCUUCAGCUCCCCACGGUCCACAUGAUGCUCAUGCAGCAUUCUCUGUUUUUGUCGAGUAUGCUGAAGUCCGAAGGAGAGGAAAACCCAGACAGCCAAGUAAAAGAAGCACUGGUGGACCUGAUGUCGACGGUGGUGGAGUUGUGCCCCUCUGUCUGUGAGAGCAGCCACUUUGCAGUGCUACUCGGGGCCUAUGGCGCCACACUCAGCAUCCUGGACCAGAAGAUUUUACUUCUUCUCCGGGCGUAUGAAAAGAACGACAUCAGCCUCAUUAACUUCAGGGUGCUGCUGUGGGGCCCAGCAGCUGUGGAGCAUCACAGGACAUGCCGGAGCCUGGGCAAGUCACUGUGGCAGCAGCCGAGCACUGGGGACAUUCUCCGCCUGCUGGAUCGGGACCGGAUGCUGAAGACCAUCCUCCAUUUCCCCCAGAACCGGAAGCUGCUGCCACCUGAGGAUGCACAGGAAUUGAUAUUUAAAGACAAGAGCAUAGUGGAUCUCAACGACCUUUAUGACCCCUGCUUUCUACUUCAUCUCUUCAGUGAAUUGACCAGACCAGAAUUUGUGGUGGAUUGUCGAAAAUUUUUGGAUUCGAAUUCUCUGGGCCUGACAGUCACGGCCCUCAGCAGCUAUGACCCCAAGAUGCGGGCUGCGGCCUACUACGUGCUGGCGGCCUACUACUCGCAGCUGGAGGGGGCGCGGUUCCGAGAGCAGGCUCAGCUCCUUUACCUGUUGGACGUGGUCCGGAAUGGGAUCCGGGCUCGGAACGCGAGGCUCACUUUCUCCUUGACGCUCUUCAUCGCCAAAGCAGCCCUGCAGAUUUUGAAGCCAGAGGAGCACAUGUACCUGAAGAUCAGCAAGUUCCUGCUGUCUCAUCAAGACCUGAACAUGAACAAAGUUCCCGGCUUCUACCAGUUCUUCUACAGCGCCGACUUCGAGCAAAAAACCGAGCAGGAGUGGGUGCUCGGCCUCCUGCGGCAGGGGAUCCGAGACAAGCACUGCUACAAGCUCUACGCCAGACAGGGGAUUUUCCACAUCAUCCUGUCCUUCUUCAACAGCCCGCUGUGCGACGGGGCGGCCCAGAACUGGAUUCUGGAAAUUCUCCAGAACGCCGCCCGGGUUGCCAAAUCUGCCUAUGAAAUCCUACGUGACUACAGUCUGCUGACGUGGCUCGUACACAUCCUGGAGAGCAGGUUCCUGGAGACGCAGCUGCUCUCCAACAUCAUCUCCUUGGUGCACACGCUGUGGGUGACCAACCUGGGAGACAGGAUGGUGGAGCCCAAGAGCCAGCCCCCUUGCAAGCGAGGGUCUCAGGAGCCCCCGAAGCUGCUCGCCCUGCACCUGAUCGAUGAGUUCCUUUAUGUUCUCGUCGCGCUCAUGAAGCACCUGAGACCCACCUUGGACCCUGCCCAGAUAACCAGCUUCUUCUCGGCGCUGGACUCCGUACUGAGGUACCGGGCCACCGUCAUGCUGGCCUUCAAGGAGAAGGACCGGUUCAUUGUGAACGAGAGGGUGCUCUCCACCAAGGAUGUCCUCAUUCUCCUGCACAAAUGGAGCCUCUUCGAAAGAGACACCAAGCUCCAGGAAGACCUGAAAACAGCCACCGAGAAGCACCAAGUCAGGGAGCUCGUGAAAAUGAUCAAGGAGAAGAACAAGCCCGUGGGGCCCGCCCGAGCCAGAGGCCCCCGGGGCCGAAAGAGGAGGCCUGGGGAAGCAGAAGAGACAGUUGCCCCUGAGCUGAAGGCGGCCAGCCUGGACACCUGUAGGGACCUUCUGAGGUCCAUACUGACUCACUGGGAGCCUGUGUUCCCCGGCCCCAAGCCCUCUACGGAGGCCACAGAUGGGGCCGCCCCUGAGAGCGAUGCUCCAGGCCCCGUGCAUGCCGUGGCCUCCCUGGCGGCCAGCUGGGUGCUGCGGACUGUGGCCGAGCACCCACCCACCAGGGCUGAGGCUGCUGGACUCCUCAGCUGGCUCAAGAGCCACAUUUUGCCGCAGCCAGUGGUUGUGGCUGACCUUCUCAGGGACAACGUGGUGAGGAGUGGACUAUUUAAGCUAUACAGCCGGCUCUGCAACGCGGAGGGGCUGGUGGGGCCCGCACAGGGGGUCGCCUGCCUGUUCAACACAGUCAUGAUGCAGCUGGUGGCCGCCCACGUUCCCGUGGGGAGCCCCUUCCACCUGGCCGUUGAGGGCCUGUGCCUCACUUCUCUGACGGAGGAGGAUGAAGCCGCGAGAGCCGCCGCCGCGUUCCUGGUGUCUCUGUACAUCAAGGACCUCUGGCUGGGAGCCCCGCGGCCAGACGCCCUCUUGACCCACAUCCGAAUGAUCCAUGAUGCCACAGAGGAAGCACCCAGUGGUGGUGAAAGAAGCCGGGCCCCGGAGGACGCCAUCCUUCUGCUGUGCAAGGACGUUGCCGCCUCCACCACGGAUGCCUGAUUCCCGAUGCCCACCUGGCUGGUGCCACAAGCACCAGCUUCUAGAAGUUUGGCUGAGUCAGGGAUGUCAUGGAGGCACGUGAGAGGAAAACCACAGUGCACUGACUUGGUUCCCUGACAGGAAGAGCUGAGAGGAAGUUGUUUAUUUGGCCAAUAAGUAGUAAACUCAGGGGACUGUGUGUGAAGUGGUCAGUUACAAUAAGUGUGAGGCAUUUGGGGGCCGUGGCUCAUCAGUGCCCUUUCUCUUGGGGUGUCCUCGUUCUUCAAAGACAUUACCUCAAGUCUCAACUUCUGAGUGCUUAAGGGAUACAUGGACAUUAAGACUAAAAUGGCUCGAAGAGCAUGAAGACAGGUGUCUAAAUAGUCUUCUUUCUAGAAGAUGUCAUUUCAGAAAGUUUUGAAUAACUUCUCAAAUAAGUUCCUGUCAGUGUUUAUUAAUUAUUUUGCUAAGUAAAAAGGAUUUUACGCUAAAUCCUCAAAAGUGUAAAGUUGAUUUGACCUUUGCCUGUAUUUUUUAAAGUUGUGUUUCAAAGAGGAGCACUGUGACUUUUAUAACUUCUUGUAAAUAAAUGUCUAUUUUUGUAAGGUUGUUGUGUUUUUCUCUAAUUGAUGUUAACAGGCUACUUUUACCCCACAGAGGCCUGCAUUUCAUAGGUCAGGAUUUGACUUUUAAAGGUUCGUGUAUUAAUUGUUGUGGGAGCAGACAAAAGUCAGAUAUGACAUUUCAUGAAUUUCACAGGUAAGAUUCCACAGGCUUUCCCUCGGCUGUUCUAAAACAAGUGCAGCUCAGCCAGGUGAACACGGAGUCGAUAAACAUGAUAGAAGUUUCUACUUCCUAGUUCGUGACAAGGUGCCUGGGGCCUUAAAAGCUUGCAAGGGCCCAUCCAAGGUACAACUGGUCUCUGUU